GGCAUAUGUAAAAAAAAAUUAAUCUUAAAAAUGUGUUUCUGAGUUUCAUUAAAAUUGUUGUGAAUCAGGAGCAGAUGAAAGAAAAAUGUAGUUGGAAAAAGCUUGUAGAUGUGAUGUACCAGCUACUAUGUCACACUUAGAAGCUUGUUUCGACUCAGUGUGAUGCAUCCACUUGUAGACAAAUAGCUCCAUGUACAUCUUCAUUUUCCUCAUCUAAACCAUCUGGCUCAAAACUUUACGUCUGGAUAGCUCAAAUAUCGCUCGCCAAUUUUGUUGCACAAGAAAUGUUACGUUGGGGGAUGUAAAGGGCCGUGAGCUAGAGGGUAAACACAAAGAUGGGAAGCAAGGGAAGGCUUUUUCGGCAACAGUCCCGCCCAGAACUCAGGUGGAUUUCUAAUAAACUCCUGCCGCUCUGCAAAAAUUAUGUCUUAAAAAAACAAUACAAGUUCAAAAAAUCAAAUCAAAUAGCAAUAUGUGCAUUAAUUUACUCUGCGUUCAUGUAUAUGCUUUUGGGCAUUCCAUUCAAACGAAGAAUAAUUGUUAUUAUUUAAACUUCUAACCUUUAACACGCUUAAAGGCACAAAAAGAAAAAGAUUUAACACAUUUAUGUUUUUUCUUUUUUUCUAAAUAGAAAAAUCAUAUAACUUCACCUCGCUUUUCAUCUAAUAAUUGCAAAUAAACAUAAAUAUCACCAAUAAAAUGAUCUACAAUUUUUACAGUUACUUUAAAAUUCUGCAUUGUCAUUACUGUCAAGGGAAAUCAUUUUCAGAAAAGAACUAAAACCUAUAUGACUUAAAAAAUAAAAAAUAAAUAACACAACCCAAAGCUCAAACUUUUCAUUAAAGCAUGACUUUAGUAUGACGAUAACUCCUGCUGAUCCGUAUUGUCAAAGAAACUUUUUGUUAAGUUUUCUUGAGAUAUGUGGCUCAUCUUUCUGCUCAAUUCCUCUUGUCUGGUCCAAGAUGGGGAGGCUUCCGUGCUGCUGCUGCUGCUGACCACGCAGAAUUGGGUGAAUGUAAUUAUGUGACCGCUGCACUGGACAAAUCCAUCACUUGCUUAGCAGCGAGUAAUGUCCUGCUGACUAACCCACGGCUCUGUGCUCUUUCAUUCUUUUUGUGCCUUAAAUCACAACCUGUCUGCAUGUGCGGACAACCAGCUGCCCAUCACGAUAUGAAUUUACAAAGAUUUACUGAUGCGUUUAUGCAUCAGGAAUCUGUGACUAAGUCUAACUUUUAAUAAAAAUAUUUAUUUUAUCAUUUCAAAAGUGUGUUACUUUCUAAUCUGUUCAUUUUUUAUUGAAAGACAGUAAGGUAAAUCUGCAUUACUCUUUUCGAGAAAUCAAUCAACCUAAAAUGGUCCUCAAGGGAUAUUGUAGUAAAAACAAAUAUUUUGUAGGAUUUUUUUUUUGUAGAAAUGUAUAAGGAAUAUUUUUCAAUUAAAACCUCAGUCUCAGAAACUACAUUUGGCUUUUGAAGGAAAUACAUUACAUCCAGCCUCUGUGCUCUGGAUGGAUAAGAUGAUGAAUCUCCAGAGCAGAAAGGCAGAGAGGGUGUAGAGUGCUUCUGACAUAAGGAGGGAGGGGAUAACGCUGAGAAGGGUGGGGGUCACAGGUAGAUAAAGAGUGAGGCUUUGCUCCGAUUCUGACCAGUUCUGUGAACCACAAGUGUUGCAUCCAGAUUUUGGGACUGGGGGUGACGUGCCGCAGUGUCAAACGUAACAUUUGAAGGUGCUGACCGAGUCCGCAGCUACUUUUGAACUGUUCCUGUCAUGGACAUCAGGGUGAUGUUGCUGUCCCUCCUGAUGGCAUCACUGAGCUGCUCCAGAGGAGCCGUGAUCACAGGGGCCUGUGAGAGAGACGUGCAGUGUGGCUUUGGUCUGUGCUGCGCUGUCAGUCUGUGGCUGAGGGGUCUGAGGAUGUGCAUCCCAAGAGGCGUUGAAGGGGAUGAAUGCCACCCUUACAGCCACAAGGUGCCAUACGCAGGGAAACGGCUGCACCACACCUGCCCCUGUCUUCCCCAUUUGGUGUGCACGAGGUAUUCUGAUAGCAAAUACAGAUGUACUGAUGACUUCAAAAACAUGGACUUUUAGCAAAAGCUUUUAAACUUAAAACCAAGAACACCGGAAAAGUCUGCAGAUGGCAAGCAUCUCUAUGCACGAAUACAUGGUUGGGAUUUACAUUUCUGCACACAAGAACACAAUGCAACAAGUAUGGCUAAAAAAAGAUCAUUUAUUUACAAGAGCUGCUGCAAAAAUGAUCUGUAAACCAAAGGAUAUCCCAGAAUGUGUCUGUGAACCAUUAGAACAUGUUUCCUUUACGCUCUGUUUAUGUUAAAUUAUCCCGUUGUCAAUAAAGUUUGCUCAAAUCCUA